ACUUGUCUGUCCAAUAAAUUUGAGCGUAACGCAGACAGUGCGAUUAACCACAGUGGUGUUUGGACGCGUUAUAGUUCCGUGUGGUAUAUUUAAUACUCAUUGUUAAGUUAUUUAUUAAAUUAUAUUAAAAUCAUGCCGGUUAUUAAAGGGAGAGCGUUGCACUAUGUGUUCAAAGUUGCGGAUAGAAAAGAGACCGCUAGAUUCUACAGGGAUGUUUUGGGAAUGAAAGUCUUGAGGCAUGAGGAGUUUUUAGAAGGUUGCGAUGCUCAGUGUAACGGAGACUAUGACAGCAGAUGGAGCAAGACCAUGAUGGGCUACGGCCCAGAAGACACCCAUUUCGUGGUGGAACUUACCUACAACUACGGCGUGAAACACUACGAAAAAGGAAACGACUUCAUGGGCAUCACAAUCAGAAGCAGCGACGUGCUGAAACGCGCCAAGGAACACAAUUGGCCCAUCGAAAAAAAUAAUACUCUUAUGGCACCCGGUGGAUACCCCUUCCAUAUCAUCGAUGAACCACAGAAAACCGAUAGAGAUCCACUGGAAAAAGUAACUCUAUCCAGCUCAAACCUUCUCAAAUCACUCAAUUACUGGAACUCACUUUUGGGCUUAACCAUCUUCAAUAGAUCGGAUAAUAAAGCCGAAUUGGGCUUCAAUGAAAAUGAGGCUAAACUUGAACUUCAACAAAUAAAUGAACCAGUGAACAGGGCUGGCGCUUACGGCAGAAUCGCCUUCUCGUGUCCCCACGACGAGCAACCGGCCAUCAGCAAAAUCAUGGAGGAACACAAACACCCCAUCCCCACCCCGUUAAUCACCUUGGACACCCCUGGAAAAGCCAGCGUACGCGUGAUCAUCCUGGCAGAUCCAGACGGUCAUGAGAUUUGCUUCGUCGACGACGAAGGCUUCAGGCAGCUCUCUCAAGUUGAUCCAAAUGGCGAUAAAGAAUUGAAUAAAUUUAUUCGUUUGGAUAAAUCGUAGAUAUUAUAAAUUGUGAUAAUGUUUUAAUUCCAAAUACAAAAAAAAGUAAAGUUUGUACCUAUAUUUAUUUUUAUUAUACAUUUUUUGAAAUUGUUUGGCAAUAAAACAUGCA